ACAGCCCCGCCCCUGCCACCACCUCCUCGGGGGUGGGGGCCGGAAGGGGCGGGUCUCGGCGUGCUCCGCGAGUGCCGGAAGCGGAAGUGAUGCGUUGGGUAAUCAUGGUGCCGCUGGGAGGUUGCCGCUGCCGCCGUUGCCGGGCGCUUGAUGAGUUGUUACAUUUUAAUGUCAUGAUGCUGCACUGAAUUCCAUUAACCAUGGGGGAAAAUAGUCCUGAUGGCAGCAUUCACUACUAUGAAGUGGAGGAAGAUGAACUGACCCAAGAUGAUAAAAUGAUGAGGUUUGUGGACAAAAAUGGUCUGGUUCCUUCAUCAUCUGGGACAAUUUAUGACAGGACAACUGUUCUAAUUGAACAAGACCAUGGGACAUUAGAAGAUGAUGAGGAUGAAGGACAAUGUGGAGAUCACUUGCCUUUUUUACCAGAGGGUCAUGAAGAAGGAUUUCAUUUAAUAGCAGUUCAUGAAGGAAUGUCCCAGGGUUAUGUGCAACAUAUUAUUUCUCCAGAUCAGAUUCAUUUGACUAUAAAUCCGGGUUCAACUCCCAUGCCAAGAAAUAUCGAAGGAGCUACUCUCACUUUGCAAUCUGAAUGCCCUGAAACCAAGCGUAAAGAAGUUAAGAGAUACCAGUGCACCUUUGAGGGCUGCCCUCGCACCUAUAGCACUGCUGGGAAUCUGCGCACUCAUCAGAAGACACAUCGUGGGGAAUACACAUUUGUCUGCAAUCAACAAGGUUGUGGCAAGGCCUUCCUUACCUCCUAUAGUCUCAAAAUCCAUGUCCGAGUGCACACUAAGGAAAAGCCGUUUGAGUGUGAUGUGCAGGGCUGCGAAAAGGCAUUCAAUACACUGUACAGGUUGAAAGCACAUCAGAGGCUUCACACAGGAAAAACGUUCAACUGUGAAAGUGAAGGCUGCAGUAAAUACUUCACAACGCUCAGCGAUUUGAGGAAGCACAUUCGAACACACACAGGAGAAAAGCCAUUUAGGUGUGAUCACGACGGCUGUGGAAAGGCUUUUGCUGCAAGCCACCACCUUAAAACACAUGUUAGGACACAUACUGGAGAGAGACCCUUCUUCUGCCCCAGUAAUGGCUGUGAGAAGACUUUUAGUACUCAGUAUAGUCUCAAGAGUCACAUGAAAGGUCACGAGAAAGGACACUUGUAUAAUGCACUUCCCAAUAACAAUGUAUCUGAGGAUACAAACCACUCACUUUGUCUGAGCGACUUAAGCCUCAUAUCCACAGAUUCGGAACUGCGGGAAAACUCUAAUACAACACAUGGACGAGAUCUUAGCACAAUCUCACCAGCAAGCAUUUUUGAAUCUAUGUUCCAGAGCCCAGAUCAUACAGCAAAUCAGGAAGAUUCUCAACAGACAGCUGCCUUGAUUGAAAGUUUUAACGGUGAUGCAGACUCAGUAACUACUGUUCAGCCUUCUGUAGGAGAUUCAGCAUCUUUAUCUCUCCCACUUGUACUGCAGCUUGGCAUCUCCGAGCCUUCUCACCCAGCACUACAAACCUCCACACCCCCUCCAGCUCCCACCUCCAUAGGAACCAGUUCACAGCAAGCUGCGUUUGGAAAUCCUGCGACUAUUUUACAGUCCCCAGAAGUGCCUGUUCCUCACAGCACACAGUUUGCAGCCAGUCACCAAGACUUUCUACCGCACACUCCGACACCACCACAGCCCAUUGUACAAGGACUUUCAGUGGUUGCUGGAGCCUCUGCUCCAGCAGCAUCGAGUGCCACUGAGCCUCUGCCGGGUGUGGUUCAGUCUGUGCCUGUGGGUGCGAACUCUGUUCUGACAAGUAAUCCGACUAUAACAAUUACUCCAUCUCAGAGCACUGCUAUUCUGCAGUCCAGCAUAGUCAUGGGAGAACAGAAUUUACAAUGGAUUUUAAAUGGUGCCAAUGGAUCUCCCCAAAAUCAAGAACAAAUGCCACAAGUUCCAAAAGUGGAGAAAGUCUUUUUUACCACCACAUUACCAGUGGCUGGCAACACAGGAAACUCUGUUCAGCAGAUUGGUCUCAGCGUUCCUGUUAUCAUUAUAAAGCAAGAGGAGGCCUGCCAGUGUCAGUGUGCCUGCCGAGACUCUGCCAAGGAGAAAGCAGCUAGUAAGAAGGGAUGUUCCUCGCCUGACCCGAAACCUUUGGAGCAGCCGACUCUUCAGCUGCAGCCUCAGACUUUUCCUUCCUCCUCUUCGUCCUGUGAGCCCGCCGGUCAGCUAGCUAACCCUGCAGACUCUCAGACUGAAACAUUAAGUGCCAUAUAUGUAUCCGACUUCCUGUCCCUCCAAAGCCCUGAAACCCCAUCCAAUCUGAUUCCAAUUGAAGCACUACUACAGGGGGAGGAAGAAAUUGGUUUGAAUAGCAGCUUCUCCAAGUAAAGAUGAUCCAGAUUCUUCUCCCUUGCACUUGGAGGCUAAAAUCCUCCUCCUUAGAAGCAGACACUGAAGGCUCAAGAGUUUUUUCUUGUUUUGAAGUUUUGUGGCCUACUUCUGCUUCUCGGACGUCAUUUUAGUCACAUCCCAGGAACAUCCAUCUUUGGGAGUUGAAUCUUUAAAGAAAAAAAAAAAGGAUGGAAAAAAAAGCUAAAUUAUAUAUGAACUGUUUUGGCUGCACUGUCUGUCACUUUUGCUUGUUGUCAUAUGUGAACAUGGAAGUUAAGGUUACUCGUCUGCAUAAAGAUUAUAAAAAGAAAGGGGGUUUUAGUUUCAGUCAGUCUCCUGUUGCACAUCACUUUUAUGUUUGGGGUUUUUGGUACUGGCAGCGAGUGGGUCUUUUGUUACAACUUCUUGGGUCUAUAAUCUCCUUCUGUCUCCCUCUAUGUCUGAUACUGACCAUGCACUAUAGAAGAGGCCCAGAGAAUGAUGUUUCUCUAGCAGAAGAUAGUAUUAUUGUAGUAGGAGUUGUCUGAUCUGGAGCUUUUCUGGAAUGAUACUUUAAGAUGCUUUUGUUAUUCAUGGGAUACUUGUCCGAUCACCCCGUUAGUGGGAGGAGUUGGCUGUUUGUAUUAUGCUAACACUAAUAGCAAAGCCAACGGAAACCUUUGGGGAGUUCCUAAAGAAGAGCAUGAGGUAUUUGUGCUCCUGCUGUGUUCAUUCAUUUGAUUUAAAUCAGGGCAGAGAGUACAUUUCAGGCCCAUUGCUUCCUAAUUUAGAAAUGUGGUCCGAGCCUCUGCCUGUGUAGAACCUGCUCUGUUUGCCUCUUCAUGCAGAAUGCAGUGGGUUUCACAUGUGGUGAUAUUGGUGCCUGUUGUUGUUUUGACCAAUCUGAUCAACAUCUGAUUUUCUGUAGAAACGUGAGUCAAGCUUUAAAAAUCCACAUCUAAUUCAUCAGGAGCGCAGCAAUUUUGCAGGUAAAUCUCUUCUUUUGUUGACAAUGAUUCCUUGUCAGCAUAUAGUAAACUAGAAUUCAGUGAGCAUGUCCUGUAACAGUCCAGAAAUGCUUCCUCUUUUCUGUUAAACUCUAUAAUCCCUGCCUGAAUCGGCCUCCAACCUGCUGUAGUGUCAGCUCUCUGUGCAUGGGGCUAUUUCUUGACUAAAAUGCAUUACACAACUUAGUAGUUUUUCAUAUCAAGCUGAAACUCUAUAUUCUAACUGACUCAGGGUAAAAAAAAAACCACAAACUCCCCUUCCACCAAAAAGCCUGUAAUGUUGCAAUAAAUGCAGUCUCAUUUUAAAUGGUUUAUUUAUGCUGCAUUAUUUUAAAAGAUGUAAUUUUAUAGUAUUUUAUCCAUCUGUCUGGCUUUGGCUGUGAGUCUUUUUGUGUUGGAGGAAAGGAUAUGAAAUAGUCUUUAUUCAGUUUACGGUGUUAGGUGUAGUGAUAUGACCAUAAGCCAAAUAAUGCUGAGCAACUGUGUUCAUUAGAUUUAAGGAUACAAACUCCUGGAAGGUGGAGGCCCUUCCCUUCUCUCCCUUUGGUUUUCUUCCUGUUUACUCACAUCUUAUCAAAGCUGUGCUCAGCAUCUGUUCUUGGGGAGGAUCCUGAUAGAGCAGCCAAACCUUCCUUCUUAAUGUACUACAUUGGGGUGUUGGCUUCUAAAACCCUCCGGAGAGCUGUGCAGCCUUACCAACAUCUGCCAUCUUCUGAGGCUGGGACAAUGACUUCAUCUCUCGUUCUCUCCAAUUGCAAACUCACUGCCUAGGUGCAGACAGAAUUGAUGCAAGGGAGCAGGCUUCCAGGCAGUCUGUAGAUCUCCCCCAGUUCUACAGUGUGGGAAGAUGGAGGAUGGGGUGAGGAUGAAGGUGUAGGGGCAGUGAAAUGGGUGACUGUGAAGAGCAGUGACAAUACUAGCACAGUACGCUCUGUAUCCUGGCUAGCCUAAUGACAAGGGCUUAUGGGACGGCAAUAGGACUGGAAAUUCCCUGGCUGCUUUUCCUUUCCAGCAAGUGCUGGCUCCUAGUGCAGUUGUGUGGGAUGUACCGCGGGGCCGGGGUGCGUAUGGGUUCCUCCUACUGUUGCUGUAGAACUCAGAUUUGCAUCUGUAAAAUAUGAACUGGCAAAGCAUUGCAGUGGUUUCUUCUCUCUGUGACACCACCCCACCCUGCUGGGCAGUACUGCAAAGGGAUUGACCUGGGCUGGCAUCUCACAGCCUUCGCUCGGGACACAGGCAGGCCAGCUGGCAGCAGUGAGGGGGGCUGUUGAACACACAUGAAAUAGGCUUGAAUCUGUUUAGCUGAGAAUCUUUUGACAAUUGUCCAGUUUCAAGUUCUGCUUUGAAGUAGCUUGGAAGUGGGAGGUGUGGGGUCAGGGCAGCAAUCUGGCAGCAGUGGGGCACUUGCACCUUUGUCUCUGGCUCUGCUUAGAUAUUUGGCUUUUUAAAAAGCAUUUGAGAGAGAGGGAGUGUGUCAGUGAGAGAGAGAGAGAAAGUAAAAGUGUAAAAUCCCAGGUCCUGCUGGGGUCAUGGGAGUUUUGCCAUUGAGUGCAGAAGGACCAGGAUUUGGCCCUAAAUCGGAAACCUUGGGCACCCGCCGGACCUGGCAGCCCUUCCUUCAGGGACACUGGGUGUGCAGUUACUCGCUUGUGUGAAUAUGUGCAGCCGACCUGGUGUGCUUUGGGAAUGGUCUAUAAUAUUCUCAGUUUAGGUGAGGCUAAGAAGGCCUCCUAAGGACGGCAGAGUAGUUGGCUUUAAUCAGCACCUUGCCUGUCCCAGCACAAAGACACGUGUCCCUUAGGCAGUUGCUUUGUUAAUGUUCUUUGC